UUCUCUCUCCCUCCCUAUCUUUAAUUCAGGACUGGAUGCAUGCACGAUCUGGCUUUUAACAGUGAUAGCACCAUUACCAUGCACACUACUCUCUGCAGGCUCAGCAGAGAAUAGCGACAACAGCAGCUCUCUCUCUCCCGCUCUCUCCACCUCUACCAGACAAGACUCCUCCUCUCCAUCUCUCUGUGACUCCCUCUCUCUCUUGCAUAUGAUCUGUACUUCACUUCCUCCCAGCUGAAGCAGGAGAUAACAGCACGCUACACACAGUGAACACAAAAGAAGAACCGGAGAAGAAAAGGAAGAGACAGCUGUACUUUCUGUAGAUCUGAAGAACGCUGCUCCCUGUGACUUCAGUAAGAGAGAGAGUCUGAGGCCAGCUUCAGCAGCAAGCUACCUUGAGUUAAAGCUUCUGCCUGGCUGCCACAUCCAGCAAUGAGUCGAAGGGAGGCUCUGGUGGGGAACCCUGUGCCUAGUGCAGCGCCUGAGGUAUCAGGCAACAGCACAGAGGCAGCAGGACCCGGUCCCCACGAGACCAAAGAUGAGAUGUUCUCCAAAGUCAAAGACAAGUUCAUGAAUGAACUGCACAAAAUCCCACUGCCAUCAUGGGCCAUCGUCGCCAUUGCGUUUGUUGCUGUUGUACUAGUUGUUUCCUGCUGCUUCUGCAUCUGCAAAAAGUGGAUAUUCAAGAAGAAGAACAAGAAAAAGGGCAAAGACAAGGGCAAGAAUGCCAUCAACAUGAAGGACGUCACUGACGGUAUCAAAACCGAGGCCUUGAAGGAUGAGGAUGAUGCGGAAACAGGGCUGACGGAUACAGAGAAAGAGGUGGAGUCUAAGGAAGAAGAGAAACUUGGCAAAUUACAGUACUCCUUGGAUUACAAUUUCACAGAGAAUACGCUCAUAGUGGGGAUCAUCCAAGCAGCAGAGCUGCCCGCUAUGGAUAUGGGUGGCACUUCUGACCCCUAUGUGAAGGUCUACCUUCUUCCAGACAAGAAGAAGAAAUUUGAGACCAAGGUCCACCGGAAGACACUGAAUCCCGUUUUCAAUGAGCAAUUCACCUUUAAGGUUCCCUACACUGAGCUUGGAGGGAAAACUCUGGUGAUGACGGUGUAUGACUUUGACCGCUUCUCCAAACACGACGCUAUAGGAGACGUGAAGGUGCCCAUGAAUAAGGUCGACUUUAGUCAUGUGACUGAGGAGUGGAGGGACCUCCAGAGCGCUGAGAAAGAAGAGCAAGAGAAGCUGGGUGACAUCUGUUUCUCUCUGCGGUAUGUGCCCACUGCUGGCAAACUGACCGUGGUCGUUCUGGAGGCCAAGAACCUGAAGAAGAUGGAUGUCGGUGGCCUGUCAGAUCCUUACGUCAAGAUUCACCUGAUGCAGAACGGCAAACGGCUGAAGAAGAAGAAGACGACAAUCAAAAAGAACACCCUCAACCCUUACUACAACGAGUCUUUCAGUUUCGAAGUGCCAUUCGAACAAAUCCAGAAAGUUCAAGUUGUUAUAACUGUUCUGGACUAUGACAAGAUUGGCAAGAACGAUGCCAUCGGCAAAGUGUUUGUGGGUUUGAACAGCACAGGCACCGAGAUCCGUCAUUGGUCAGAUAUGCUGGCCAACCCGAGGAGACCCAUCGCUCAGUGGCACGUGCUCAAGCCGGAGGAGGAAGUGGAUGUCCUGCUAGCAGCUCAGAAAAAAUAGAGCAGCCCGUGCCGCUCUUCAUGCACCCUCACUCCUAAUUUCGUGUCUAAGAAAACCGCCUUCUUGGACCACCCCCUUGAGAUGUUGUGUUGUUACGUCGGUUUUGACCCCUCGCCCCCUUCCUUCCUUCCUUCCUUCCGUCGAUAAACUUUCUCUGUCCUUUGUUGUGUCACCUCCAUCCACGACCUUAAAAGUCCCCGACCAAAUGCCCCCUUCUUUUAAGCAAUAUGAUCUGUAUAGAUAGCGCAUGACUGGAGGAAUUUAUUGUACCACAGGUGUAUAUAUCAGUAUGCAGACGAAAAUGAUUUCUAGUUUAUGUGUUUGUAUGUUGUUACCCGUUUCCUAAUCUGUGUAUAUCUUGAUGUUUUUAAUAAGAUGUUCUAUUUUAAAUUAUGUAAAUGCUGACAUAGAAGAGCCAAUAUUAUAUAUAACAGGAUUUAAGAAUUUUACCUUAUUGCAUUCCACUAAAAUAUACGAUAUAUCUCUAUAUAAAUAUUUAAAGAAUUCCAACCUGCAAGACGCUAGUGGAGGUACACUCACUUCGUAAAGGACGGUUUGUGCUUCAUG